AUGCGUGCUCUGGUGGUGUUGCCUAUGCUGUUGUUUGCAGCCGUGUGUGUGGAUCAGGUGAAAUCAGCAGAGGCGAAUGCAGUGAAGCUGUGCGGCCGAGAGUUUCUGAGGGCCGUCGUCUACACCUGCGGAGGCUCCCGCUGGAGGAGAUUCCUCACUGAGUCAGACAUGGACGGUCUGCCCACAGGGGAGCAGAGCAGCUUGGAGAGCCUGAGCAGCAGCAGAAGCAGUUCGGGCUCUGAGUUGACCAGACGGGACAUGAAUAACAUACUGACCACCGUGUGCUGCCAGGUGGGCUGCAGGAAGAGCGACCUCACCUUCCUCUGCUGAGAACGACUCCUCUCUCUCCUCUUCUCCUGUAAUUCUCCAAGUGACCAAAAUGACUAAUUCCUCCCAUUUUGCCUUACUAGAAACCAAAUCUAAAUCAUGCUUUAAGACAGUAUGAUU